GCCCCCCAAUCUAUCAAUCAACGAACCAAGACAAGGAAUAUGCGGAGGCCACCUUUCAACGGCACUCCUCUACGUUGUAAUAUAAGCGAUUGAGGCUUUUGGGUUCUCUCUUUUUCAUCUGUGUACCUUUUUCUUGUGUUACCGUUGGUGGGUAAGCAUCAAGUUUCCUUUUUAUUUUUUUAACUGUGAGUGUGAGUUUUACUCUGCUUUGAUUCUUUUCUUGUUGAAAAUUCUCUUCUGGCUAUUGCUGCUUUUUGGGAUACUGGUUUAUGAGGUUAAACUCUCAUUUAGGUACGCCUUUUCCUUUUUUCUCUUCAUUUUGGUGAGUUUGUGGUGUGGUGUUGUUAGAUGAAGUCAGUAUUUUCAUUGAGUUCAAUGAAUUUUUAUUUUUCGGAAGAGCUUCUGUGGGAAAUUUAAUACCUGAUGGAAUGCAAUCUAAUCUCAGGAUGCUUUUAGAUUGACUGUAUAUGUUAAAUUUCAUGCUUUCAUGUUAUGAGUUUCGAAAAUAACAUAUGGUGUUUUGAUGUUUAAUGCUAUUUACUUCAGGUUGUUGUGGUUGUUUGAAAUAAAAAAUCUGUAGCCAAAGAGUGAUAAAUUUGUGCACCUAUCUCUUAGUUGUUUUAAGAACUCAAUUGUUUAGCUUGCAGCUAUGGUGCUUGUGUAUCUUAUAUUAUUGUAAUGAAUGGAGUUUGCAUUUUGCUGAGUGAAUAUGCUUUUAUCUACCUAUGCUUGCUUCUUUUAGGAAUUGAAUUUUGUUUAAAUUCCAGCUCUGGUAAUUGUUUCUCAUCUGGUAAUAAAUGGGGGAGCCAUUGUGAAUAGUGACAGUACUUGUUUAUGAAACCAUAUACAAGUUGUCACGUUUCGUGGAGCGUGCAAAAGCACUGUCCCUCUUCAUGGCAUGCCAUUCAUUUAUCAGCUAUUUCAAACUUUCUCUGAAUUCUUUAAUUACCUCUUCACUUAUCUCCCCAGAAGGGAUUUCUUUGUGGUUUUGUUUUGCUUGCCUUUUUUUCAAAAAUCUUCUGCCUUUCUUGACAGAGCAAGUGGCUACUCAUCAUAAAUAUAAUAAAUAGAAAGUAACUACUAAAUCAGAUUUUCCCAUUGUUUCGAGCUUUUCAAAAUAAUUCUUUUCUAUAUUUACUAUAAUGUGUAUUGCUGGGCAAACAUAUAUGAUUUUUAGAGAGUGAUUCGAGUGGGGUAAAGAUUAUAAAUUAGACGUUGGCUGGGAGACAAACAGAUGCAUACUAGCAUCGGCCUCAAGGGGUAAAGUAUGGCUCCCGGAGGAGGAUUCUGCAAGGAAGUGACUGAGUCUCACAUUUCAUAUGCAGUUUAUGAUAUGGCAACUUCCAGUGUUGAGUUGAGGGGUUCCUCUUGUAGAAAAGCUACAACUAGCUUUGGUGGAAAUCUGGCACCAACGGCAAACAAUGAAGUGCACGAGCUACUUGAGUGUCCUGUUUGCAUGAAUUUAAUGUACCCUCCAAUUUACCAGUGUCCAAACGGCCACACUGUAUGCUCAAAUUGCAAGGUUAGAGUACGUAAAUCUUGCCCAACUUGUUGCCAUGAAUUUGGAAAUAUAAGGUGCUUGGCUCUGGAGAAAGUAGCCGAGUCACUGGAUCUCUCCUGCAGGUACCAAAUUUUUGGUUGUCUGGAUAUAUUUCCAUAUUACAGCAAACUCAAACAUGAAAAGAACUGUAAAUAUCGUCCGUUCAAUUGCCCCUAUGCUGGGGCUGAAUGCUCCGUCGCUGGUGAUAUCCCACUCCUGGUCAGGCAUCUCAAGAAUCAUCACAAAGUUGACUUGCAUGAUGGAAGUACUUUCAACCACAGAUAUGUCAAAGCCAAUGCCCAAGAAGUUGAAAAUGCUACAUGGAUGUUGACUGUUUUCAAUUGUUUUGGCCAACAGUUUUGCCUGCACUUUGAGGCUUUUCAUCUAGGAAUGGCACCUGUUUACAUGGCCUUCUUGCGAUUCAUGGGUGACGAAGAAGAGGCUAGGCAAUUUAGUUACAGUCUGGAAGUUGGUAGAAAUGGCAGAAAACUGACAUGGCAAGGGAUUCCUAGGAGCAUCCGUGAUAGCCAUAAGAAGGUUCGAGAUAGUCAAGAUGGCCUAAUCAUUCAGAGGAACUUGGCACUGUUCUUUUCCGGUGGUGAUAGACAGGAACUCAAACUGAAAGUAGCUGGCCGUAUAUGGAAAGAACAGUGAGAGAGAUAAAAUAGAAACUUUGACAUUAGAGAUGACAAUUUCAGCCUAACUUUGGGCGUCCCAACCCUAACGGGGAGAGGAUUCUUCGAUAGAAACGAGAAAAGGGAUGAGAACAGAGAUGAAAAAAAUCUCCGCAAUCGGGGAUAGAAAGGGGAUUUUUCUUCACAGAAAAGACACAGAGAAUCAUUAUCAUCCCCAUAACGGGGACAGAAACAGGGAUUGAGAUCCCCUCCCCAUCCCCCCUUGUUGCCAUCUCUAUUUGACAUAGAUGAUGUAGUGGAAAUUUGCAUCAGAUAUAUCCAGUGUACUCUGUAAAUCUGUAGAUAUUUAUGUUGAUUGCCAAUUUAAGGUCACUUUUUGCAUGAUUAA